GAAGAUAGGACGAUAGCUAAGCUAGCUAGUUGGCUAACGACAUUAAAGGAGUGCAAGAAGUACAACAAAGAGCAAAUAUUAUUUUAAUACACACCCUUGAGAAUGGUGAUCAGAUUAAAAAAUACUGCGCAUUUGUACAAGAUGUUGUUUGGAUGUGCUGUAGUUCUUCUUUUCGCUUCAUUUCCGGCUGCUGCAAUAGAUGUAUACACAGAUUCUGAGCUGUUAGUAGAGAAUGGAACCACAGGGACACUCCAGUGCACCUUCAAAUCGAGGGAAGUUAUCAGCAGCGGUGCGUCUGUGUCCUGGACAUUUCUUGCGGAGGGAUCAAACGCCUCCCCAAUCACGAUCUUCCAUUAUUCUGGUGGAAAGCCUUACCCUCCAACAUCUUCCCAGUUUAAAGAAAGGGUAGAGUGGAUUGGAGACCUAAACAAGAAGGAUGCUUCAAUAAAACUGACCAAAAUGCAGUUCAGUGACAAUGGCACCUACGCUUGUGACGUGAAGAAUCCCCCUGACAUCGAUGUGAUGCCCUCGCGCUUGCAGAUACGGGUCGUGAUGAAAGAGGCCCUUCCCCAGACGAACACAGCAGUCAUUGUAGGAGCUGUAAUUGGGGCUAUCAUUGGUCUAAUACUCAUUACAGUUGUCACCUACUUAAUAAUAAGGAGGCAAGAGUCCAAUCACGAUUAUGAAGGCUGCACCUCCACUGAGAGUAUCAGUUCACAAGCAACGCGACUGGGGAAGAAAACGGAGUCCAGCUCGGAGGGUUCGAGAUGUAGCAGCCCAUCCGCCCCUGUUCAGGGACCGGUGAUAUACGCACAGCUUGAUCACUCAGGCAGCAAGAGUGCAAACUCAUUCCACAAGAUGGAUCCGGUGGUUUAUGCUGAUAUUCGUAAAAACUAGACGGUGAAACUGGAGACCGGAACAAGGACUAGGGGGCAGUGACCUGCUCUCCUCUGGAUUCCUGGGUUUGUGAAUAAAUGUUUUUUUAUGUUCA